UAAUCCCUUUUCAUGGCUCCUUCUGAAAAUUGAGCUCCCACUCAAAUCUGCGUUAAAUCUCUAUCUCCUCCCACAAUGGAUAGACUCAUCAACUUGGUGGUCAUUCGUCCACGGGAAACUCAGCUCCUCCUCUUCACAACGUCCAUUCUCUUCACGUAUAUUACUACUCUAUCCACCGCCCAAGAGCUUCUCCAAGCAGGCUUCAAAGCCACCCCAAACCCGAAGAUCUCAACGUUCCAGCCCCUCCUCAACGACUCCACAGGCAAUUUCUCGCUCGCUUUCCUCCGAGUCAACAAGACCCAGCUGGCCCUCGCGGUCCUCCACGUGCCUUCCUCCGAGCCACUCUGGCUGGCCAACCCAACCGACCUGGCCAGCUGGUCCGACCACACGCAGCUCUUCUUCAACGGCAGUCUCAUGAUUUCGGAUCCCCACUCGAGGGUGUUUUGGUCAACUCCAACAAACGGUGACCUCGUUGUGCUCCUCAACUCCUCGAAUCUGCAAGUACAGAAGAAGCUAGACCAAGACUCCUCCUCGGUUCUCUGGCAAAGUUUUGACUUUCCCACUGAUACCCUCGUCGAGAACCAAAAUUUCACGGCCACCCAGUCGUUGAUCUCACAAAAUGGGCUUUGCUCUAUGCGCUUAGGGUCCAACUUUAUAGGCUUAUACGCAAAUUUUCAAGAGAACUACGACCAGAUAUAUUGGAAACACACAGCGUUAGAGGCCAAAGCAGCAAUAGUCGAGGGACAAGGACCGAUUUACGUCCGAGUCAACUCCGAUGGCUAUUUGGGUAUGUACCAAAACGGAACGACACCAGUGGACGUCGAACCCUUCCGCAGCUUUCAAAGAUCCAUCAACGGGUUUCUGCGGCUCCGGUUAGAACCGGACGGAGACCUCAAAGGAUAUUACUGGGACGGGUCCAGUUGGAUCUUGAACUACCAGGCGAUCUCAGACACGUGCGAGCUCCCAAGCCCGUGCGGCCCCUACGGUUUGUGCAUGCCCGGGUCCGGUUGCUCCUGUCUGGAUAACCGGACAGAGUUUCGGUCCGGUGUGGACUGUGCUCCCGUGGAAACCGGCAACUUUUGCGGCGAAAAGGUAGUGAAGGACAACUUCAAGGCUCUGACGAGGAGCGGGGUGGAGCUACCGUACAAGCAGCUAAUGCAGUACGAAACGACGUCGUCGCUGGAGCAGUGCGAGGGUCUGUGCGAAAACAACUGUAGUUGUUGGGGGGUAGUGUACAACAAUGCAUCCGGGUUUUGUUACGUGCUGGACUAUCCGAUCCAAACGUUGGUGGCGGUUGGGGAUGAGAGUAAGGUGGGUUAUUUUAAGGUGAGGGAAGGUGCAGGGAAGAGGAAAAGGAAUGCGGGUGUUGUAUUUGCCUAUGCGGUGGUUGGCGGGGUCAUAGUGGUCUUGAUUGGGAUUAUCGGGUUUUGGACGUACAGGACUUGGUGGCGGAGGAAGAGGAACCAGGAGGAGGAGGGCGACUUUUCACCCGGCCCGUAUAAGAAUCUCGGGUCGGCAAGCUUCAAGUCCAUCGAGAUGUCCAGUAGAUAGACGAUAAUGAUUAAUGAGGAUGACGCAAGGGAUGACAUAUUUGCGGUGUUUGACCGACCGUGAUGUUAACCACUAACUCAGUUUGGUAUUAGUGGUUGUGGGGCCGAGGCUAAUCUUUAUUUUAUCUUUUUGUCUAAUGUGAAUCUGUGAUUACUUGAAUCCA